AAGCUCAUAACAACAACAAGAAGAAGAAGAGGGGGACUUUUGUUGUUUGCGUUCUCCUGCGGUGUUCGUCUGUCUCGUCGGGGCUUCCGUAGGCUGAAGGCGCGCGUGGUGUGGAGUGAGUGAGUUACGCUGAUCUGAUCGGAUCUGAUCAGAAGGAUGUGUUCUCUCGGUGUGUUCCCGGCUCCGGUAACGGCUGCACAGACGCUGCUCGAGCGCAACAACGAGCUUCUGUCCGCGCUUCAUCCCGGAGAGCACCCACAGCCGUGUGAUCUGCCCAGUCCUCAGUUCACCAGAGACACUCUGAAGGGUCACAGUCGUCCGGAGAGCAGCAGUAGAUCAGCCUUCCUGGACCAGAGAGACACGCUGUGGAUGAGGAGCGCCGGAGCCUGGCGUGACGCGGGUCUGUACGGUCUGUUAGAUGAGAUCACUAACAGCGCAGAGGAAGUGCCCAGGUUCCUGGCCGUCGGAUCCGCCUGCGUCCUGGCUCUGCUCAGAUGGGCUUCUUCAUUCCACGGCUCUCUGUUUCCACAUCUGACUCUGAGCAGUGACGAGAUGGUGGCAGAGUUUUCACAGAUGCUGGAUUGGUCUGACAGCGCUCUGAGAAGCUUCGCCUGGCAUCCGCACACUGAUAAGUUUGCUGUAGCUCUGCUAGACGACUCCAUCAGGAUUUACAAAUCUAACAGUUCUGCGACGCCGACGCUGAAGCACCGCUGCCAGAGGUCCGUGUGCGCUCUGCAGUGGAAGCCUCUGUGUGGCUCUGCUCUGGCCGUGGCCUGUCAGUCCUGUCUGCUCAUCUGGCAUGUGGACCCCACCUCUCUCUCCACCAGGCCGUCGUCUGGCUGUGCGCAGGUCUUGUCUCAUCCGGGUCAUUCUCCCAUCACCUCCAUCGCUUGGUCCCCCACCGGCUCCCUGCUUGUGUCUGCAUCUCCUGUCGACACAGCCAUGAUGGUGUGGGAUGUGGCAGCAGAGAGCGCUGUGCCGCUGCAGCGGGUGGGUGGUGGCGGCGUCACAUAUCUCUCAUGGUCUCCAGACGGCAGCCGACUGCUGGCAGCUACUCCAUCGGCUCUUUUUAGGGUUUGGGAGACGCGCAUGUGGACGUGUGAGAGAUGGCCGUGUCUGAAAGGCAGUUGUCAGGUAAGAAAACUUCGGAAACUGAGUGUAAAGGGCUGUUUUUCCCAAACCUCAUGGGAUCCGAGAGGUGAAAGACUCGCCGUGCUUCUGAAAGGUGAUUCACAGGCGGUUAAUCACCCUUCAGUCAUAGCAGUCUUCAAAACGCGCUCCAGUCCCGUCUUUGAGCUGCUGCCGUGUGGUUUUGUGAUGGGAGAGGCUGGAGCAGAGCCUAGGUUCAUGCAGUUCCAUCCGCACUUCCAGCACGGCGCUCUGCUUACUGUGUGCUGGUCUGACGGGCGCAUCUCUCAUGUGCCGUUUUACUUCAGCAGCGCUGGGCUUUUAGGAGGAGACUCACCGCAGCAAGCCCUCGCCAGCAACACAGCGGAUCAUUCCUCAAACAAACUGUACACUGAACAGAUUUCCUGAACACCUUCACUUCCCUCAACCGCUCACAUUAACCUGUCAGCUCUCAUUCUACUCUCAUAAACCUUUUUUUACAGCAUAAUGUGUGGCUUGUGUAUUUGAAGAUAAACAAAGUCUUUGCAUUAUUUGGAUUUCCAUGUGCUGCUAAUUUGAAACCUUUAGGAGCGCAUAAAGUACUUAAGCGGUGAAAUGAAAUAAUUUGUUUUUCCUGUAAUAAGAUAUGAGGAGAUAUUUACAAG